AUUGACGAGCCUAUUUACACGGGAAAGGGGGCGGUGGCAUCCGACGGAGAAGAGGGGAAGAGGCAUCCGACGAUGAGCGGCUCGCGCGAAGAAACUCCGCUCCGCCUGGUUGGAAGACGAACGGAUCCGGUGAAGAGGACAUCGGUUACCUCACUGCCACAGCCUCUUGCUCCUCCUGCAUUCACUCCACCGACUCAAUCUCCAGGUUGAUUUUUUUUCGUUUUUCUUCGAGCUAAUCAAAUCCAAUUGUUAGAUUCUUUUGGAAUUGGAGGCAGCAUCAUCUCUUCGGUUUGAGGAGACGAGGGUGGCAACGAUUCGCAGGCACUGGCUUUGGGAACUCUUAUCUUUUGUAGUCGCAUCAUGCGGGUUACUCCGCCGUUACCCAGACUUUUUCUCAGAUAGUGGUCUGACUUGGGUGUUGGAGGUUAGGAAUUGCAGUGUGCGACCAUGAUGGCAACGCUUGAGCUUGGACUUAAAAUCUGGAUGUUCUGCCCUCUAAUUCCGUGUGAGAAAUGAAUUUCUUGAACUUCACAGUUGGUGGAAGAUACUAUAUGUGCUUUGUGAUGAUGUCACAGAAGAUAUGAAGAUCUAAUUGUUCAGAUACUUGUGCUUGCAACUGGUGAAGCAGUUCACCAUUUUGAUUGGGAGCAUUUGCAGGAUGAAACAUCUCUACCAACUUAACAUAGAAAUAGAGGGGGCCUCAAUAGCUGGGUAGGAAGAGAGCAUGAUGUCAGUUGCUAGGGACAGUGGAAGAGAGAAAGCAAGAAAAGCGUGAGGAGAGAAUUAGAGCUGAAACAUUUGAAGGAGAUGAAGUGGCCGAAAGGGGAAGAGAAAAGGAGGGAUCUUUAAUGUUUUCAGUGUUAAUGCCCCCUUUCGAGAGGAUGGUGCAUUCCUCUGAUGGUGGUUCCACUACCAAGUCUAGGUGGCACCAGCACCCAUAUGCCGUGUAGCUCCCUGUCUCUCCCGUUGCACUGCACUGAGAGAUGGAGUUAGUGUUAGAUAGAGGUGAAAAGAGAAAUGGGGACUGAAAUGGAGGGUGAGAAACCUAAAAGAUCUAAGAAAGAUGAAUGUGGAUGUGGACUAGGAUUUCAUACCCGAGUAUCUGUAAAUUUCAUAUUUUUGUUGUCUUGUUGAUGGAACUGAUAGAUCGAGGAUCUUUUUCCGUCUUGGUCAUCUUUUUUCUUUUUGGAAGAAAUGCAAUGCUUGUAUAUUUGUAGCACGCAGAAAAGAUCAUUUAGUGUGGUCAUAAGGAUGUGUACAUAGUAUGCUUGCUUCCUUCGUAUGUUCUUGACAAUUGUAACUUCAUGCAGAAUCUGAAGGGAUUAUUUCCAUGAACAAAGUUAGUAUUCUACAUGAGUUACUUGCCUAGCAUCACAGCAUUGUCGCAGCCCAUGACAUAAUUGCUUUCUUAUGGAAGCAAAAUCUUUGUUUUGGGCCUAUGCUGACUUUAGUAUCAUGCUGGGUUGGAUCGAAUCCUAACCUGCAUGACCUGACCCGAUCACUGGACUAGUCCGGUUUGCCGAUUUUCAAAAUUGGGUCUUGGUUAGGGUGACCUGAAGGCCUAAAUUCAUCCAAAUUCCAGUCUGAGCCUAGUCUAACUCAGUCCCACAAAUUUAGUAAUUUGAUAUAUACCAUACAUAACAUAAAAAAAUCUAUGUAGUCUUGGUCAUUUAUACUCCCAGAAGACUGCACUGGCAGUACGGACUCUCAUACUAAGAAUGAGCAUGGACGUCAGACUGGUCACUAAUUGAGCAUUGUACAAUGCAUUCAGAUUUUGCACAAGCAAAAUUUUCAAACGACAUGGAGCAAGAUUUUAGGGGGGGAGCAUUGAUGCUAUGGUGAGGUUGUAUCUUUGUGACUUGGGUGACUUAAGGUAUGAGUCAUAGUAUCGUCCUCUCAAUUUGCAGAGUUUCGGUUAAAUACAUUGACCCUACCCAUCUCUGCGUUGCUAGGAACCCCAUGGGGUGGACUAUUCCUUUUUCAGUUGAAUGAGAUUCUAUCAUAGUAGCUGUUUGUGAAGUAAUUUUAUCCCCAGAGGUGAAGAUAUGAUAGCCUGCAUUUGAGUGUCUGGUUGCUAUCGUCUGCUCAGUAAUUACUAUGACAAACUUGCAUCAUACAAGUAGGACAUAAUCAACAAUGAAGCAAGAGCUGUGAGGGGAGAUGAGGAGCCUACUGCUCUUCAUGCCAUAGAGCUCAUACCUGUGUUAAUGAGUUUGGCCUCUUAAAUGAAUAUUUCUGAUAUUUCUUGCUAUACUCUGUUGGGCAAGCAGUACCAGCUUUAGUUCCAAUGUUAUUGGAGGUACUUCUCAUGCAAGAUGAGGAGAUUGGUGAACUUGGUAAGCUUUCUAAAUCAGAAAAUAUGCAUUAGAUACAAUUGAUUGAUGCUCAGGUUUAUGCAUGCAAAAGAUGCAGGUCACCAUCUUAUGAGAUCUUCAUUCACAAGCUGUGCUAUGAUACACUCAUGCAAACACAGAUCAAGGUACAAAAUACUUAUUUCUUGAAUAUUAGGCAUGGUGUUCACACAACACUAUCUUCAUUUUUUCUGCAAUUCAUAAAUAUAGUUGGAAAGUGAUAUUAGGAUAAAAUGCAGGCAAGCUCGGCCAGACGAAUGUAUGAAAUGUUUGUUGUCAGCUUUUACUGUGCAUAAUGUCUUUUACAUUUUGAUGAGUGAUAACAGUGGGAUGAUUUACAUGCUACCUGUUCUUUCAAAUUUGCUCUGACGCAUGAAGGAAAAUUGCAUUCACAUUCUGAAAGACCUCACUGAGUCACUGACUUUAAACACCAUAAAAAGAUUUAUGUGGUUUUUUAUCAUCAUAAACUAGUGACUUAACUCUGUGAAUAUGAUCUGCCAACACUAAUAAAUUCUGCAUCCAUAGCUCAAAGGCUCUAUGAUGCUGUGCAAAAUUAGGUAAAAGAAGUCAAAGUGGCACAACAACAUUCAUUAUCGUACUAUUCAUUUCUUGAUAUGGUGGAGAUUAAUGGUAUGAAAUAUGAACCAUGCAUGACAGAGCAAUAAACACAAAGGAUAUGGACAAUAAGCAGGUCAACUUCAUGAAUGCAGUAUCCUUGAUAUGAUGGCGACCACCCAUGUCAUGGACCUGAUUGUCUGAAGAUUACAUUGGUGACAGGUCACACAAGAGACAUCGUCGUCUUUCUUUACCACCACAUGCAAUAUCUUUCUGGUGGAGAACAGAGCAAUCAUGGGUGGUGGACCAUGCCAAAAGCUGCAAAGGCAUGCAUCUCCAUCUGCUGCUGCCCAAGCAUAAAAGAAGCCUUGGUCCCGACCCUCUUGAAACCUUCCAGAGUGCCUACUGAGAACAGCAACAAUAACCUCAACCAUGCCAGCCUCGUUGGGAGUUCAGAAGAUGGAACUUAUCCUGCCUUGCAGGUGACCAAGGUGCAUACGAGAAAGGCGUUGAUAGAGUUCACCCUGGAUUAUGACUACGGAGGACCCAACUCUAGGCAUGAUCCCAGGAAAGGAAAGCCGGGCAGGGGUCUGUAGCUUGGAUUCUCCUCCAUGAGAGAGAUUACUGCAUAAGAAGAGCCAACCAGCUAUACUCUCUUCCUACGGUACUUAAAAAUCUUUAUAUCUAUUGCAGCUAUACACCGAGCAACAGAGGUUAGGAUCCAGAUAUGGUUUUUGUUUUGAUAGUGUGGCAAAGAAGGGAUGUAAUAAAAUAAUUAGUUUGCCAUUGAGUUGCUGUAGUGCUAUGAAAUAACAUUACAGUUUGAGCAUAUAAUGAAUGGAAGGGAGAAGGUUUGUUGU